UUGAAAGAAUCAUCUUUUUUUGAAUUGGAUUUUUUUAACUGAAUCUUUUGUUCGAUCAAAUACUACGAAUCAGUCCAUAUAAUGACGAUGCUUUAAACGCAAUCAUUGACGUUUGGGCAUAUAUCGUAUGAAAGUUCUUUUUUUUGGGAUCUGUUGGAUUAGAUCUCGAAUAUCUUGCACAUAAAACACAUGGUUGAAUACCUGAAAUAAUCUAAUUAUUAUUUUUUAUUAUCAUCUCGCUUCGGGACGAAGCAACGCUCUUCUUCCAAAUUUUGUUUCAUAUAAAAACACGUCAAAUGAACAUAAUUUAUCAAUAUUGGAGCUGAGGUUAAUUAAAUUGAAUAAUUAUUUAAUCUGAUUUUCCCGCGACCGUUUACAUCUCUUGGUGUAUAUCUAUCUUGUUAUAAGAAGAAGAACAGCUUUCAGAAUUAACAUUGUGAAGGAAAUUCAAAUCUUCUUAUUUCUGGUCGUGUCUGUGUUCAGAGAAAUUAAAAUUAAAUUAUGUCUAUGCUCGCGGAGCGCCGGCAGAAACAGAAAUGGAGUCUCAAUCCCCGAGGAAAGUGGUGGGCCGAAGAUUCGAACAAAUUUGGUCAGAAGAUGCUAGAGAAAAUGGGUUGGACAAAGGGAAAAGGACUUGGCGCUAAUGAGCAAGGCAUUACAGAAUUUUCCAAUGUAUCAUACAAAAAUGAUACAAGUGGUAUAGGAUAUGAUGAUAAAAGUUCUGAAGCUUGGACUGAACACCGGGAAAAAUUUAGCAAUUUUCUGGAGCAGCUUAACAGGGAACAAACUCAAGAUACUGUGAAAACAGUAGAUGGAAAUGAUAACAUGGAUAAACAGUCUAUCGAGUUGAAGUCCAAGCAGAGUCAAGCUCGAGUGCAUUAUCAGAAGUUUACACGUGGCAAGGAUAUAAAUAAAUACAAAUGCAAGGAUUUAGCAAAUAUAUUCGGUCAAAAAGAAUUGACUGGUAAAACUCAAAUUAAGAUAGACAAAGCUGAUAAUAACUGUGGGAUGGAAACUUCUAGUAAUAAAGAUAAUUGGUAUGGAGUCGUUACAAUUAAUGGUGGUAACAUGGUGGACUAUUUCAAACUUAAAUCAAAGUAUAAUAAUGCAACUGAUUAUUUGAAAUAUAAUACAAAGAUGAAUAAUGAUACAAGCCUAUCAAGCAGUAUGACUGAUAAUCGAACAACUGAUUCUGAAAGUGAAAAUGAUCAACGUAUUGGUUUUGGAUUUAUAUCUAAAGUGGAAAAUUCAUCAUUAUCUAAUUAUGGAACGUUGAAAGAGCCUGUCGAAAAGAGCAGUUAUGCUUUUGAUAACCCCUGCUUAAGUAGUCCUAUAGAAGAUGUUUGUAAUAUCAAAGAUUCUUCUUCAAAAUCUGCGAAAAAGAGAAAGAAGAAAUAUGAAAAUGAUACUUUGCAUACUAUUGAAACGGAUAAACAUAACGCCAGGAAAAAAUUAAAAACUGAUACUAUUGAUAACUGCGGAAAUGGUUUUGUUAAUUCGGCUCUCAAUCUAGACGCAAAUCCUGAAGAAGAUUAUAAUGGUAAAGAAUUUGAAGUAUCCAGAGCACAGUUUGGUCUUGAAAACUGUGGUUUAGAUCUUACAGAUGAAAGAAAUGACAAAAAACGCGUAACAUUUAAUGAUCAUGUUAUGUUAUGCGAAUAUAACAUAAAUUCUACAAAGAAAAAGAAAGGAGAGGCUACAUUGGAUAAAUUCGAAGUUGAAAAUAAGAAGAACAAAAAGAAACGGAAGCACGAGAAUAUUACGACUCCUAUAUCAAAUGGCUUUGUCAAUAAAGCAUUAGAUAUAGAGGCGUUACAUGAAGAAAUUAAUGAUAAUGAGUUGAAUGAACAUAAAACUAAAAAAAUUAAGAAGAGAAGGAUAUAUAAAACAUCUAGUCUGGAAACGAUACAAGAGUCACCAGAGAAGGAAAUAACCGAGAUUAAUAUAGAAUCGGAAAUUGAUUUAAAUACUGGAGAUGUAGAAAAUGCAGAAAUCGAUACUGAACAAAAAUUGAAGAAGAAAAAGAAGAAAAAAAAUAAAGUUGAAAAGAUUAUUGUAAUUGAUAUCACGAAGAAUGAAGAACCGGAUAUUGAAAUUGAAGAUGUAAUUAGCAAAAAGAUUAAGAAAGAUAAGAAGAGUAAAGAAGAAGUGACAGUAAUUUCUAAAAAAUAUAAAAAUAAGAAGAAUAAAGAAAAUAGCAAAAGUGAAAAAGACGUUAUUCAAAUUGAAGUAAGCGAUGAUCAACAAGAUAUCAGUUCUAAUUCAAAGCAGCAACACAAUGAUAAUUUAAUUAAGGAUGAUAAUAAAAAUGAAAAAAUAAUUGAAACAUUAUCAGUUUCUACAACCAAAGAAGAAAAAAAAGAAGAAAUGAAAUCAUUAGAAGCUACUAAACAAAAGAAGAAAAAAAAUAAGAGCAUCAAUAAAGAAGAUUGUUCAAGCACAAUUAAUGAAUGUUAUGUAGAGAAAGAGAUCUCUGAUAAGGAAAAUACUGAUAAAGAGCAAUGUUCACCUACCAAAUCAACAAAGAAACAUAAAAAAAGCAAAAAAUCGAAAGAUAAGAAUGUAUCUGAUAUAGGAGAUUCUUCCAAUCUUGAUAAAGAAGAUAUGAACGAAAAUGUAAAACAAGAAAAAGUAGAAAAAGCGGAAUCUACUGAUACACCUUCAAAAAAAGAAAACUUGAUUGAUACUAUUGAAAAUAUAAUUAGCAGUCCAUGGAGUGUAAAAGCAAGAAUGUCUAAGAAAAUGUUGGUAACACUUUUCCACAAUAAUGCAAUAUUAGAUUUCCCAGGUUCCAAUAUUCGUAAUAUAAAGGGAUAUGGUGCUGAUAUCGAAAGUGAAUUAGAUUGUGUAUAAUUUUGAUAUUUUUCAAUGACAAAUAAAUAAUACACAAGUUUGACAAGUUUGACAGUUUGACAAGAAUUUUGUCAAAUAUCGUGAAUAAUAUUUUUGAUAUAUGUACAUUAUGUACGUAUGUACAU